AUGGAUUGUUUUAAAAAAGAAUUUGUUGGUAUUGUAAGCAAAAGUAGCAAUACUUAUAAAAUUCAAGAAGCUUUGAAUGUGGAAGGAUAUUUUAUGAUUAAAGCAACUCCUCUUGGGGCCCAUAUGUGUCUUUUGGAAGAAAACAAUCCUAGCGAUAUCAGUGAAUUAGUUAAGAAAGAUAGUGCGUGGAUGGAGAGGUGGUUCGAUAACAUUCACCCCUGGACCCCUGAUGAUGUGGAUAGGGAAAAAAUUGACUUGGGUGAAAUGUUUUGGUUUCCAUGCCAUGCAUGGAAUCCUAAAUUUUUCAAAUUUUUAUCUGGAAGAGUUGGAGAGUACAUAUCAUCUGAUAUUGAUACUGAGAAGCAUAACCAUUUUGAUGUCACAAGAUUUCUUAUUAAAAAAAAGUUUGCUAUUAAUCUUAACGAGGUUUUCAAUGUGGAAAUUAAUGAUAACAUUUAUUGUAUCAUGCUGUUGGAGGAUUUCCAUGGGCGGAAACAGAUGACUAUCCAUAGAGAGAAUGAUGGGAGUAGUGGAUUGGAGGAAGAUGAUGAAACUAGGUCUGAUGAAGAGGAUGGAGUUUCUAAAUCUGGUUCUCACGAGGAAGAUGAAGAUUUAAUGUUUAGACACGACAUCCAAGAGGACUUAGACCAUUUAGAGGUGAAGUCUAGCACUCUUCAUGAAGAUUAUAGGGAGCAGGCGCACCAGUCUCUAUGGUGUGAAAUGUUACGAGGUUUUCAUGAUGACUUGAAAAAUAUAGUAGGUGAAAAGGUGUCAUCUAUUGUGUUGCAAAGUAAUAACAAGGUGUUUGGGUCCCCAAUGCAGAGUAAUCAUACCGUUGGAAAGGAACUAGAGUUGGCCAACAAUAAAAAGUAG